UUACGGUCCGGAGCGGAGCGGCUCGUCCCCCUCUCUGUCUCUCUCUGUCUCUGUCUCUGUCUCUGUCUCUGUCUCUGCGUCUCUGCGUCUCGCGUCCGUCCCCCCCGCGUCUCCGCGGCUCCUCAGAUGUAGACGGGACUAGACGGGACUAGACGGGAGUAGACGGGAGUCCUUGUCCCCGUCAUGGAGCAGGAGCGGGUGGAAGCGUGGCUGGACGACCACGGGGACUUCACCCAGUCCUACUUCGUCCGGAAGGCGUCCAGGGAGAUGGUGAACGCCUGGUUCGCUGAGCGCAUCCACACCAUCCAGUCGUCCGUCUCCAAAGAGAACUCUUCCCAGCAGCAGCGCCCCUCCCAGCCCUCGGCAGAUCUCCCCCCUCUCCCGUCGGCCCACGUCCUCCUGGAGAACCGCUGCCCCUCGCCUGCCGCGGCCCCCAGUCCGGCCCCGGGCACGCCCACUCGCAAGAUCUCCGCUUCGGAGUUCGACCGGCCCCUCAGACCCAUCGUGGUCAAGGACUCGGAGGGCUCUCUGACGUUCCUGAGCGACGCCGAGCGCGAGAGCGUCCCUCUCCGUGGCUCGGCCAUGGGCGAGGGCGGCGUCGCCGGAGGGGAAAUCGGAGGCGACCGAUGUGCCCGGCUCCUGGAGCUGGUGAAGGAUGUGUCGCGUCAUCUGGACGUGACAGCGCUCUGCCAUAAGAUCUUCCUGCACAUCAACGAGCUUAUCGCUGCGGAUCGCUACUCCUUAUUCCUGGUGGGGGAGGACAGCUCCAACAGGAAGUUCUUGGUGAGCCGGCUGUUCGACGUCGCCGAGGGAUCCACGCUGGAGGAGUCGUGCAGCAGCUGCAUCCGCCUGGAGUGGAACAAGGGCAUCGUGGGAAACGUGGCUGCGACGGGCCAGCCGCUCAACAUCAAGAACGCCUACCAGGACCCCAGGUUCAACGCAGAAGUCGACCUGAUCACAGGUUACAAAACUCAGAGCAUCCUCUGUCUGCCAAUCAAGAACCACAAAGAUGAGGUGGUUGGAGUGGCCCAGGCUAUCAACAAGAAAUGUGGGGAGGACGGGGCCUUCACAGAGCAGGAUCAGAAGGACUUCUCAGCUUAUUUGGCCUUUUCGGGCAUCGUUCUCCACAACGCACAGCUGUACGAGACGUCGCAGCUGGAAAACAGACGCAACCAGGUGCUGCUGGACCUCGCCAGCCUGAUCUUCGAGGAGCAACAAUGUCUGGAGGUUUUACUGCGGAAGAUCGCGGGGACCAUCCUGUCCUUCAUGCAGGCCCAGGCGUGCACGGUCUUCAUCGCUGACGAAGACUCCAUGAAUUCCUUCUCCCGUGUCUAUCACAUGGAAUACGAGGAGCUAGGUGAAGUCCUGGAUGCCCCUAAAAGGGACUGUGACGUCAGCCAGAUUGACUACAUGUUCGCUCAGUACGUCAAAAACACCAUGCAGCCUCUCAACAUCGCCGACGUCACCAAGGACCAGCGCUUCCCCUGGAUGAGUGAAACUCCAGAUCACACCAGCAACCAGAUAAAAAGUUUGCUCUGCACUCCCAUCAGGAACGGCAAAAAGGACAAGGUCAUAGGUGUGUGUCAGCUGGUGAACAAAAUGGACGAAGCAUCCGGCGGCGUCAAGGCCUUCAACAGGAACGACGAGCAGUUCCUGGAGGCGUUUGCCAUCUUCUGCGGCCUGGGCAUCCAAAACACGCAGAUGUACGAGACGGUGGAGCGAGCCAUGGCCAAGCAGGAGGUCACGCUGGAGGUCUUGUCGUAUCACGCCUCUGCCACGGAGGAGGAGUCGCGGGAGCUGCAGGUAACCGCGGUCGCUACCGUUCCAUCGGCGCAGUCUCUGCACCUCCUGGACUUCAGCUUCAGCGACUUCGACCUGUCGGACACGGAGACCACGCUGGCUACCAUCCGCAUGUUUGUGGACCUCAACCUGGUGCAGAACUUCCAGAUGAAGCACACGAGUUUGUGUCAGUGGGUUCUGAGUGUGAAGAAGAACUACAGGAAGAACGUGGCCUAUCACAACUGGAGACACGCCUUCAACACGGCCCAGUGCAUGUUCGCCCUGCUCAAGUCCGGCCGCUUCCAGAAUAACCUGAACGAUCUGGAGGUGUUGGCUCUGAUGAUUGCAACUCUCAGCCACGACCUGGACCACAGAGGGGUCAACAACUCCUACAUCCAGAGGAGUGACCAUCCCCUGGCCCACCUGUACUGCCACUCCACCAUGGAGCAUCACCACUUCGACCAGUGCCUCAUGAUCCUCAACAGCCCCGGAAACCAGAUCCUGAGCGGCCUCUCUCUGGACGAGUACAAGGCCACGCUGAAGAUGAUCGAGAGAGCCAUCCUGGCCACCGACCUGGCUCUGUACAUGAAGAGGCGAGAGGAGUUUUUUGAGCUCACCAAGAACAGCCAGUUCAUCUGGGAGGACGAACAGCACAAAGACCUACUGAGGUCCAUGCUGAUGACGGCCUGUGACAUCUCCGCCAUCACCAAGCCCUGGCCCGUGCAGAAAAGGAUUGCAGAGCUGGUGGCCACCGAGUUCUUUGAGCAGGGGGACAAGGAGCGGCGGGAGCUGAACAUCGAGCCCAGCGACCUGAUGAAUCGGGAGAAAAGAGAUAAGAUUCCCAGCAUGCAGGUGUCCUUCAUUGAUGCCAUCUGCAUUCAGUUGUACGAGACCCUGGCCGGGAUGUCGGAGUGCUGCUCCCCCCUGCUGGACGGCUGCCUGAGGAACCGGCAGCACUGGACGCGCUUGGCGGAGGACUGCGAGAAGGGACUGUCCAACGGGCUGGUGUGACCUCGACCCCAGCCGGACGUCCAACCCCCUCCCAAACUUCCAUGACCUUAAUGUGACGUUGAGAAUGGACAUCUGGCCAAAUGUGUGCACUGAAAGUGAGCAGGAAAGGUUCCUCCCCCACCCUGAACAGAAACCCUGACCCCGGCCCGUCCCUCCGGUCGGCGGUGCCCACAAACCCUGCCACAAACACAAGUGUGCUAAAAGUCCACAGAGAGAGGAUGAACACGUUGGGGUAAAAGAGUGUUGUAAACUGAUUCCCAUCUUCACCAGUUGUUUAGCGUGUUACCAUGGUAGCAUUUGUCAGUUAGCGCUAAACAUAAAGACAAAGUCCAGAUGUUGGGGGUCCCAAAUGUUUUGGCAUUCGCUCCGGCUGGCUACACACUAAACUACACACCGACCAAGCAAUCCACACAAAUGCUUUAGGGUGUGCACAUUAUACGAGACGGUUUCAACCUCACCCAGGUUCUGUAGAACUGCGUUCAUGGUGUUUCCACCCGAUCACACCGACACACCAGCUCCAUAUGGGGCUAGAACAGUCUCACAAUUCGCAAAUGUACACACCGUUUCACAAAUGCACAAGACAAAAUUCACAAAUGCACACACUGAUUCACAAAUGCACACGCCGUUUCACAAAUGCACAGAACAAUUCACACGUGCGUAGGACAAAAUAUACAAAUGUAUUUUUGAUGCACACACAAAUAUAACCUGAUUUACAAACGUUUUUUUGUCUGUGAGCUGCGCUGGAUUUGCGUGUGACUUUUGAGACUCUCCUGACGUGACUCGAUCCACAAAUACGUUUUUUUUAACACGGAAGGAUCUGCAACCAAUCAGAUGUCUUCCUUUGUUCCAGCCAAUCAUAACAGCGCAUCCCACGUGUAGAACGAUUUACUCGUAAACCAAUCGGAUUAAAGGGGCGGAUACACCUGCUGUUUGAACUGCGUUAGCGCCGUUCGCUUGGAAAAGUGAUUAAUAUUUGGAGUUGGUGGAGUAAAGGUAAAUAAACAAGACAGCAUUACGGGAUGGAGAGAUCACUGCUCUGCUUCUCUUGUGAUCUUGGUAAAGAAAACAGCGCGAUCGGAGAUGGUUGUCGGGCCGUUAAACCAGAGCCGUUUACGAGUAAGUCGCAUUUGUGAAACGGUGUGUGCAUUUGCGAAUUAUGAGACUGUUCUAGCUCCAUAGCUCCACGGCACCUCCGUAGUAGAGCGGACAUCAGCGGGACGUGGAGUUCAUGGUCCUUAUGUAAUAAUUGCUCAGGGGUCACGUUCUGGGCCCUCUGGAAAGAUUCUAGGGACAACGUCUCUUGCAAUAGACGCUGUAUAAAUAAAACUGAAUUGAAGGAUCCAACGAGUGAGCAAAGACGACCAUGCCGUGGUGCAUCUUAGAGAACAUAAAGAUUAUCUUUCUGUUCCCUUCAGGUUGGUUUGUGUCGUAAGCAGUCAUUAGUAUUCAACUGAUGUUUGGAGACUGGAGAGCCCCCACCUCUAAAUCCCACUCAACUUGGCUUGACUUGUCUUUCAGUCGCUGCCAAGCUUGUGAGCUUGUUAAAGUGUGCACUAACUGGUUAUUGACUAUAGUCUGGUUCACUUGAUCUACCCUGGUCUUGCUGGUUUACCUGGUCUACUCUAGUUUACUUAGGGCCAAUCCCAAUACACCCCCUACUUUCUACCACUAGCCCUAAAAAUGAAGCCACAAACCGUAGGGCCCUUGUAAUGUUCCCUAGCGAUUGGGACACCACUUGCUACGUCACUGUGUGGUUUACGUUCGGGUACGUAAGCGACUGCGUAGUUACGUUUGCACAUACGUCACACCAUAUCAGGAAGCCCAGAGCUAAAAGCUGUUUUAAUUUCAGCUGUAGCGCUGUUAAUAUGCCACUUUAUUAAGUUUUAAUAUUUUUUCAGGCGUAAAAGUAACCGUUAAGAUCCCCAACCUGGGCUCAGUUUAUCCAAAUAACGCCUGUUAAGAAAUUUGAUCCGACGUUAUCGGGAUGAUAAAAGCCUGCCGGCACGGGAGCUGAUUUAUGGUUUCCGUGUUGCACCAACGCAGAGCCUACGGCGUGGCCUACGGUGUGGCCUACGGCGACGCGCACCGUACGGCGCGCGUCGCCGCGUAACCUAUGCCGUAGGCUCUGCGUUGGUGUAACGCGGAACCAUAAAUCAGCCUUUAUUCUGGCGAGAUCUUCGCAAACCACUAGUGAAUAUUAUGAAAGUAAAAUAUAUAUUUCUCGCUAGAAAUGUGAUCAAAACGCAUUUUUAUGCAGAAACUAACUCAAAAUAUUGAUUUUAUUCACUAAAAAAUAAGAAAUGUCCGCCAUCUUUCUAGCCCUCGGUCAGCGAGUGUGCAUCUGAAAAACCCUCGCUCUGAAGGGUAGAUUCAUAUCCACUCGCCCUCGUUUUCCCCACUCCCCUAGAUGAAAAGAGGAAUUGGGACACCACUACCCUCACAGGAACGCGCAAAAUUUAGGAGUAGUGCUGAAAAGUAGGACUAGGGGGGGGGGAUUGGGACUGGGCCUUUGUCUACUAUGGUUUACCUGCUUUACUCUAGUUUACUUGGUCUACUAUGGUUAACCUGGUCUACUCUGGUUUUGCUAGUUCACCUGGGAUACUCUAGUUUACCUAGUUUAAUCCAGCCCAAUCCAAUGUUCUUCAUAUUGCAUCUACUGCAACACACGGGAACCCCAGCACUAUUCCAGAACGAGUCCAGCUGUGCCGGUACCUGUCAUUGUUGUCUACUGAGGAAACCACCACAUCCAUGAAACUCGGGCCAGUACAACCGUCAUAUUUGCACCCCUCUUUUAAGAUUACGUGGACGAAUGGUCAUUUGCAAUAAGCUUUGAAUCCCAGUCUGGGGCGGAGCGGGGGGCGGGGCUAAAGUUGUCUAGUACAGGAUUUUCAGUUCCAGUUGUGGAGGUCCAACGAGCAGCACGUACGUCCCUGCAUCGGCGCACCACUUUCUUGAUUGAGGAGUGUAGCACCCUAUAAUGUAAUAAUUUCCUGAAAAUGUAAUAACGCCUGAAAAUGUAAUGAAAUUUGCACCUAACUCAAUCGAAAAUGUAAUAAAAUCCAAUAAUGUAAUAACUUCACCAAUAAUGUAAUAAAUUAUCCUGACUGAUAUUGUAAUAACAUUUUUACCGAUAAUGUAAUACCUUAUUACAUUAUUGGGAAUUUAUUACAUUUUCAGGUGGGUCUUUUUUUUCCAAAACUGAUAAUUUAAUACUUGACAGAAAAUGUAAUAUAUAUGUUCAUUUUCAGUCCAGAGUUCUACAUUUUGUGUUUUAAGUAUCUAAGAAUGUUAUAUACGCUGGAUUUGAAACACCAGAAUGACUAUUGGGUUAAAUUACAGACUUUGAUUACAUUAUAGGGUGCUACAAUAAUGUAAUAAGGUAUUACGUUAUCGGUAAAAAUGUUAUUACAAUAUCAGUCAAGAUACUUUAUUACAUUAUUGGUGAAGUUAUUACAUUAUUGGGUUUUAUUACAUUUUCGAUUGAGUUAAGUGCAAAUUUUAUUACAUUUUCAGGAAAUUAUUACAUUAUAGGGUGAAAUUAUUACAUUAUAGGGUGAAAUUAUUACAUUAUAGGGUGAAAUUAUUACAUUAUAGGGUGCUACAAGGACCUCUAAUCUAGCGUGUAGCCAGCCGGAGCUUCGUGGUUCUCCACCAGUUUAGCUAGUAGCAGCAGCCUGCUCACGCUCAACCCACGUGUGACACGUUUACGACACUCACCGGAUUCACAACGGAGUAAGCACUAAACUAUUUAUGAGCGCAGAAGUUCGUGUUCUGACACAGCGUGGCUUCACAUCCGUCCCGCCGACGACCGGGGGACAGACUCGGUCCGUGCACUUCGCGGCCAUCCGUUUUUUGUUUUGAAAUGUCAAAAUAAAAAUAGAGAAAUAAUCCAAAAUAAUCUGUUUCCCAUAUUUUGUUUUGAUAAUAAAAAACGGAAAAUGGAAAACGGAUCGUUAUCCAUUAUCUGUUAUCCGUUAUCCGAUUUCAUUGAUGUGUUUGAAAAUCGAAAUUGGGAAUUAAAACAGCGAGUGGAAAACUCUUUUCUCUAUUUCCUAUUCGUUUCCAACGGGGGGCAGUAUCUUAGAGUUCAGUACAUGUUAUUGAUUGGACGCUGCUUUUUUUUGACGCUGCAGCUGAACGGACUGUCACAACAUCACUGCAGUUUCAUGACGGAGUGAAGACACAUUACAGAUUAAACUCAUGUUUCAUAUUUGAUUUAUUUUCAGUUUCAACAUAAAAAAAAUCUAAAACUGUUCAUUUUCAAUCUGAUCAACAAAAGAACCAGAAACAACUUUCUUCAUUUAUUACUGCGCAUGUGCAAUCCCCCCAUUUGUCCAAUCCCUGUUUUCAGUAUCCUUGGAAACGAAUAGGAAAUAGAGAAAAGAGUUUUCCACUCGCUGUUUUAAUUCACAAUUUCAAUUUUCAAACACAUCAAUGAAAUCGGAUAACGGAUAAUGGAUAACGAUUCGUUUUCCGUUUUUUAUUAUCAAAACAAAAGAUGGGAAACUGAUUAUUUUGGAUUCUUUCUCUAUUUUUAUUUUAUCAUUUCAAAAUAAAAAACGGAUGUACAGAAGUCCACGGACCCUCUCCCUCCAGCGUCACACGUAUCUGAUAAGCUUCUUAGACGUCUUCGUUCACAGCGCACACCACCAAGUCUUUUAUACCUUUUUCACUGAGUGUCUUAACUAUUGCAUAUUUAUUUUUGUCUUAUAUAUUUAUUAGUUUCUAUAUUGUAAGGUUAUCCUUUUGUCAAGAGCACACAAGUCUUAUAGGAAAUGUAGUUUCGUACAAAAAUAUAAAUAUAUAAACAAAAAACCAUCCAUUUUUGUUUUUGUUUUUUUCUUUUUAGACAACACUUCCCUAAGCAGCGACUGUUUUAGAGACAUUUGGACCACGUGUAAAGCUGUUGUAUCAAAGCUGAUGUGUGUUUUUCUCCAUGUUUGAACCAAAGACGACCGGCGGGCUCAAAAGGAGGCGGCUCUAGAUGUUUCCACUGCCUUUUUGUGAUUAAAAACAUGGCCAAUUCAAUUAAACCGGAAAAAGCGGCCUCAUUUCUGCUCAUUUCUAAACAUC